AUGUUUAAGGCGGAGAAGAAACACUCCAUUUGGUGGAAAGACAUGAUGAUGGCAGGUGUACAUAAAACUAACAAUUCUGAUUGUUUUGCAGGCAACAUCACUUUUGGCUUAGGAGCUGGAAAUUCUAUUCCGUUUUGGUUUGGCAGGUGGUUAGGAGGAACGGCAUUUAGGCUAUUAUUCCCUCUGGUAUUCAGCCUUUCAACCAAGAAGUUGGGGUUUGUAAACGAAAUGGGCUCACUAGAAGGGCAAUGUUGGUCGUGGGAUCUUCACUUACAGGCAGAAGGACUUCUAGAAAAUCCGUUAGCGGUACAAGAGGCGUUGGAGCUCCUGGAUAUUUUGGGGGGUAUUAAGCCGUUAGAAGAUGGAGUCGAUACGUCUAAAUGGUGGCCUAAUGCUGAUGGGGUUUUUUCAGUAAAAAGCUGUGCAACGUUUCUAAGGGAGCGAUACUUGGAGCGGCCGGUAGAAGCAAAUUGUGCAGCAGCGAUUAAUCUGUUCUGGGGUACUGAUGUUCCGUCAAAAAUAAAAAUCUUUGGGUGGCGGUUAAUGUUAAAUAGGCUGCCAGUCAGGGAACAAUUGGCAAAAAGGAAUGUCAUCCAUAGGGAUGAGGAUAAGAUUUGUGUUUUUUGUUCUGCUGAGUCUGAAGACAUGGAACACUUGUUCUUCAAAUGUCCAUUCUCAAAAAAAAUUUGGAAGAACAUUUGUUGGUGGUUGGAUGUUCAAAUGGAGGGUGAGUUAGUAGGUGCUAACCAUUUGGAACGGUUUGUUCAAAGCUUGAAAGGAAAACUAAAAAGGAAGAAGAGGUGCUUGAUUUGGUUAACAACGGUAUGGUCAAUAUGGAACUCAAGAAACAACUUCAUGUUCAACAAUGCAAAUUUUGUUCUAGAUGAAGUUACAGUAAACAUUAAAUUAGUUUCUUGGAUUUGGUUGUCGAUUGGUGCAAAAUCUGGAAAUUUUGUUCCUUUAUUUUAUUGGUUCCAAGCACCUUUAGAUGUUCUAAGUUCCUAA